GUCAGCUUCCCAGAGUGCGUGAGAGACGGCCACAAGUUCAACAUGGCUGAAAGUUUGUUACGGACUACCAACAUUUGCUUUCGUGCUUGUACCAUCUUCAGUCGGACUCAGAGGACACACCCCCUGUUGGGUCUGUAUUCUCGGUUGUGGACACAGCCCAGUCACAAUGUUUUUGUAACAACCAGACAGUGCGUAUGGAGAGGUCAGCAAAUAAAUUGUCCAGUAUCCAACAGAUGCAUCCAAAACCGAACUGUCACGACUCGAAAACGUGACUGGGAGAUCCGGGCAGGAUUUUCAAAGGGCGAACAUACUCUGUUUGUGUCCAACAACUUGUUUGCUGAUAAUCGUCGUCGUUUGUGCCAGCGCCUCACAGAAAACGCCAGCGUUCCCGAAAAUGCAUUCAUCCUGCUUCAGGGUGGAGAGUCACUCAGCUUGUACGACACUGACGUCGAAUAUGUCUUCCGCCAGGAACCGUACUUCCACUGGAUGUUCGGCGUGAAGGAACCGGAUUUCUAUGGCGUCGUGGAGGUAUCUACAGCGAAGACGAUGCUCUUCAUGCCUCGACUUCCUGAAGAUUUUGCCAUCUGGAUUGGCCGACUUCUCAGCAAGGACGAAUUCAAGAAGAUGUACUCAGUCGACGAAGUUCAUUAUGUGGACGAUAUUGCCACUGUACUGAAGAAAUGCAAUCCGAGUGUCCUUCUCACAUUGACUGGAAUGAAUACAGACAGCGGUCUGACAGUGAGAGAAGCAGCGUUCGACGGAAUUAACGAAUUCACUGUAGACAACAAGCUGUUGCAUCCAGAAAUAGCAGAAUGUCGUGUGAUCAAAUCAGACUUGGAACUGGAGGUGUUGCGCUAUGUGAACAAGAUUUCAUCAGAUGCACACAUUCAUGUGAUGCGCACAAUUCGCAGUGGGAUGAUGGAGUAUCAAGCUGAAGCAACAUUCCUCAAUUACAUAUAUGUAGUUGGAGGCUGCCGUUAUCAUUCAUAUACAUGCAUCUGUAGUAGUGGUGAGAAUGGGUCACUUCUUCACUAUGGACAUGCUAAUUCGCCCAAUGAUAAGCAUAUAAAUGAUGGAGACAUGUGUUUGUUUGAUAUGGGAGGUUCAUAUUGUGGCUAUUCGUCAGACAUCACAUGCUCUUUUCCUGCCAAUGGGAAGUUUACCAAAGAUCAAGUCAUCAUCUACAAUGCUGUGUUGAAUGCGAAUAAGGCUGUCAUGAAUGCUGCAAAACCGGGUGUGUCAUGGGUUGAUAUGCAUAAAUUGGCCAACAGAGUCUUGCUUACUGACCUUCGUGAUGCUGGCUUGCUCCAAGGUGAUGUUGGUGAAAUGAUGGAGGCUGGAUUAGCUGCCAUCUUCCAGCCCCAUGGUUUGGGUCAUUUUAUGGGUUUGGAUGUUCAUGAUGUGGGUGGAUAUCUGGAAGGAACACCGAGUCGUCCCACAGAGCCAGGACUGAACAAGCUGCGAACUGCAAGGGUAUUGGAGAAAGGAAUGGUUAUCACCAUUGAACCAGGAUGCUAUUUCUCUGAUGUGUUACUGGAUAAAGCGUUGGCCAAUCCUAAGCAAGCCAAGUUUUUGGUUCGUCAGGUGAUUGAACGGUUCCGUAACUUUGGCGGGGUCCGUAUCGAGGACGAUGUGAUCAUAAUGGAAGAUGGUGUCGAAAACAUGACCAAAGUUCCUCGCACGAUCGAAGAGAUCGAAGCAGUGAUGGAAAAUAAGAUUGACUUAGUACCAGCAGCUCCUAGUGGUAAAACAAGUGCCUGAUGAACUGUACACAGAAGAAUUAUAAACAGAACUGAUUUUAUAUGGUACAAUGCAAUGGUAUCUGAAAGUAUUAUUAAUUGGCGAACCUACAAAUAUAAAACAUUACUUUUAUGAGAUGUAUACACGUUUAUUUUUUGGUGUGGAUGAAUUAAGAUUGCUGAAUGGGAAAUUGUUACUGAGUGAUUAACAAAGGCAAUACCUUUAUAUUGACAUAUUCUGUUUUAGCUUGAAAUUAGGGAUGUAACUUUGUAUCAAAAUGCCUUGAGGAAAACAAUAAAACAAAUGAGUGGUGCAAACCAUGGCAUUCUGCUUUGAACAUGUUAAAUAUCAUAACUGGUAUUAUAAUUUGGUGAGGGAAAAAUGUUUAAAAUGGUACAAAUCUUUGCAGACUUGUGGCCAGAAAUCACCACACUUACUUGCAAUUCUGUGUAGUUGCAUUUUAUUGCAUUCCCGAAACUGUUUGUGUUAUUAUCCUGUACCCUGUUUUAUAAGACAGGUAAAGAAGCUUCUUGCCUUCAGAGGCUAAGGGAAAUACAGCACUGAUUCUUAACUGCUUUAAUGUGUUAGCUACAAACUUGAUGCAAUGGUGGACUUAGCAGAUGUUUUGAUUGUUCUGAUACUUGCUGUAGUUAGACGUAGACCACUUCCACUUAACGCUUUCCCACUUUGAGCCACCUAAAUAUAAGCAUUCUGUCUUCAAGUGUGAUAGUGUUCUUUGUUCUUUUUGUGCCAAAGGAAAUGUAAAGUAAGGAGAAUGCAGUACUUUUGUAGGAAAUGUGACUGUUAAGUGUAUAUAGUACAAUGUUUUGAAUUUUGGCACGCUAAAGUGAGAGUUAAUGUUUCUGUACAGCCAUAAGGAACAUGGACUUUACUAGAUUUCUUUGUUGAAAUGUUUUGUGGAUUUUUCAAAUAUAGCAAAAGGGUUACCAA